AUGGAACGCAACUCGACAGACAUCCCCCUCCGCGACUUUGUCGGCUACGGGCGCAACCCCCCGGACGCCCAAUGGCCCAACGGUGCGCGCAUCGCGGUCUCCUUCGUCCUCAACUACGAGGAAGGCGGCGAGUACAACCCGCUUAACGGAGACGCUCGUACGGAGGCAAACCUCAACGAGCGCUUCGGCGCAACGCCCCUCAAGGACGGUAGCCGCGACUGGCCGAUGGAGUCCCAGUACGAGUACGGCUCCCGCGCCGGCGUCUGGCGCAUCAUGAACCUCUUCGACAAGCAUGACAUGAAGAUAACUAUUUAUGCGGUCGGUCGUGCACUCGACGUUAAUCCGCCCGCGGGACCCGAGUUCGAGAAGCAUGGACACGAGCUCGCUAUGCACGGCUACCGCUGGAUCGAUCACCCUGACCUCGAGAACGAUCCCGAGGCGGAAAAGGCGCUAAUUCGAGCGGGCAUCGCGUCCAUCCAGCGGAACUCCGUCUCGGGCAAGCCCCCGGGCGGUUGGUACCUCGGCCGGCCCUCGACGCGGUCGAGGGCCCUCAUCGCCCAGGUCCACAAGGAACAAGGCAUCCCGCUCCACUGGCAGAGCGAUUCCUAUGCCGAUGACCUCCCGUACUGGAUUCCGUAUCCCGGCGGCGAGAGGCACGAGGGCCUGCUCAUGAUUCCGUACACUUACGACAAUAACGACUUCAAGUUUACUCAGCCGCCCGGCUUCACGUCCGCGAGCGGCUUCGAAGAGUACCUGAAGAACGCCUUCGACACGCUCUACGAAGAGGGCGGCAAGAUGAUGUCCAUCGGCCUACACUGUCGCGUUAUCGGCAAGCCAGGACGCUUCCCUGCGCUCAAGCACUUUGUGGAAUACAUCUCCAAGAAACCAGGCGUGUGGGUCGCGACGCGCAGCGAGAUCGCGAAGCACUGGGCCGAAAAGUUCCCGUACGAUCCGGAGGCCAUCAAGCACGCGCCGGCUUUCGACAAGCCGUGGUGAGGUGGAGAGCGCCGAUAAUGAUUGAUCUCUCGAUCGUUUUCUGAACGCCGGAGCGACAUAUAUGAAAGGACGAUCGAUCUUGAACUGCCUGCUGGACUGAACGUUGAACGACGUGAUCUAUCCGUUAUAUGGACAUAUGCGAAACUCGGGGGAGGCAAAACGAACUCAGACUUUUGCCGGAGGGGUGCUGUCUAUCUGUCAGGGAUCUCAUUGAAAUCGACGAAGUCGGAACGCCAACGCCACGCGUCACCCCGAUGCGGGUUUGAGCGUAUCAUGCCCUCCCCACCUCCAUGUACAACAAUAAACCUCCGCCACACGCGGAAGGAUGCCCACGGGCUCGACUUCUUUCUCCGCAUUUGGUGGCGCCCGAGAAGCCAAACGCCCCCAUCUUCGACAGCCAGCUUGCUUCGAAGACUUCA